AUGACCAGCCUGUUCCGCCGGAGCAGCAGUGGCGGCGGUGGCGGCGCGGGCGCGCGGGGCGGCGGGGGCAGCGCGGGGGCCACCACCACGCAGGAGCUCAACAACAGCCGGCCCGCCCGCCAGGUGCGCAGGCUCGAGUUCAACCAGGCCAUGGACGACUUCAAGACCAUGUUCCCCAACAUGGACUACGAUAUCAUCGAGUGCGUGCUGCGCGCCAACAGCGGCGCCGUGGACGCCACCAUUGAUCAGCUGCUGCAGAUGAACCUGGACGGGGGUGGCGGCAGUGUCUAUGAGGACAGCUCCGACUCCGAGGACAGCAUACCCCCGGAGAUCUUGGAAAGGACUUUAGAACCUGAUAGCUCUGAUGAGGAGCCCCCGCCGGUGUACUCCCCCCCAGCCUACCACAUGCAUAUGUUCGACAGGCCUUACCCUCUGGCACCCCCCACUCCACCUCCCAGGAUCGAUGUGCUGGGCACCAGCCCCCCUUCCAGCCAGAGGCGCUAUCGGAAUUGGAACCCACCCUUGCUGGGCAACCUCCCCGAUGACUUCCUGCGCAUCCUGCCCCAGCAGCUGGACAGCAUACAGGGUAACCCUGGAUGCCCCAAGCCCGGGAGUGCCGAGAGAGGCACUCUCCUGGAAGGGGCUGGGGCAGGGCCCCGAGACCAGGAGAACCGCUGGAAGCAGUACCUGGAGGAUGAGAGGAUUGCCCUCUUCCUGCAGAAUGAGGAAUUCAUGAAGGAGCUGCAGCGGAACCGUGACUUCCUCCUCGCCCUGGAGAGAGAUCGGUUGAAAUACGAGUCCCAGAAAUCCAAAUCCAGCAGCGUGGUUGUCGGAAACGACUUUGGCUUCCCAUCUCCUGCUCCAGGAACCAUCGAAGCCAACCCUGCUGUGUCUGAAGAUGCCUUAUUCAGGGACAAGUUAAAACACAUGGGAAAGUCCACCCGGAGGAAGCUGUUUGAACUUGCAAGGGCCUUCUCAGAGAAGACCAAGAUGAGGAAGUCCAAGAGGAAACACUUGUUGAAGCAUCAGUCGCUGGGGGCUGCAGCAUCCACAGCCAAUCUCCUGGAUGACGUGGAGGGUCACGCUUGUGAUGAAGACUUCCGAGGAAGGCGGCAGGAGGCACCCAAGGUGGAGGAAACCCUCAGAGAAGGACAGUAA